CGCACAGUACCUCUAAGACUUCUGUUAGCCUCGACGGCGUCGCUGCUUCUCGUCUCUACGCGUGUCCUGGCAGGGGGAACAGCAAAUGCAGUCAUCCAGUCCGUUCCACAUAUCGUCCCAGGCGCGACGAUUGACCAGCACAAGGUUGAGCAGAUCCAGAACCUGCUGAAGAACCAGGUCCAGAAACCAGUCACAGACAUCCUCCUCGAAGAUGCCAAGCGGUGGAAUGACAUCUUCGCGAGUCACAUCAACUGGGUCGACAUCAUCUACGGCGGCGGCGGUCCCCUCAGCGCACUCUGCUCCGACAGAUGUCGCCGCUGUGCCUCCGGUUGUAAUCCUAUCUGCUGCCAGGUCGGGGGCACCGUCAUCACAGGCCUGCGACCCGACGGACCGUCUGGGAACAGCGGGCCCGUCCAGAGCCUUCUCCCACCUCUCGCCUGCCCGUGCCAUUGUGAAGAAAGCUGCCCGGCCUGGGUCCAAGCCAACUGCUGUUCAACGACCCAGGGACAGGCACCCGCCGCCGACGACACGAGGCUGCGUGCAUCUGCAAACCUGGACCGCGAGCGCGUGCGCGCAGUCGAGAACCAACGCCUCCUAAUUCUGAAAGACAAGAAAACCCCCUGGACGCCCGAGACAUGCCCCUGCACCUGCGAGGUCGACUGCCCACCAUACGUGCAGUCGAUAUGCUGCACAGAGAAGAAGCCAGGCAAACCGAAACAAAGCCCCGGCGACGACGACAACAACGCCCUCCCACAGCCACAGCCACCGGCUCCGCAACCAACCCUCCCAUCUGUCCUGCCGCCCCCACCCGCCAACGUGCUCUCGCUGGUAGCGGAAAGCCGCGCCAGUGGGCCACUGUCGGUCUGGGCACGGAUCAACUUGACGGUCUUCGACAGCUUCAUCACGAUGGACCUGGUGAACGGGCUGCAGCGGGCGGCGGAGCUGACGCAAAAUGAAGUCACGGGCGCGGCGGAGCUCGUGCUCAACGUCGUCGUCGGGCCCAGGGACGACAGAAAGGCCUACGCCCAGAGCUUCCAGGUCGUCGACGGCUCGGACCUCGCCGAGAAGGAGCAGGUCCUCUUGGGCCUCGGCUUCAUGAGCAGGAUCGGCGCAGUGGAGAUCAAAGGCGAGUUCUUGACCGGGCUCGAUGAGGGCUUGUCGCUCUUGACUGGCACGACGGCCGUC